AUGCAAUCCUCUCAAUCUUUUUCACAAGGAUCCUUGGAAAACUUUAUUCAAACAAAUUCAGAUAAUUAUUUCCCUAUUAAUAACCCUCAACAAUCCUUGUAUAAUGACCGCAUUUUUUAUUCGAUGAAUCAAUUUGUACAUACGGGAUGCAAUUUAAAUGGGUUCAGUAUUCAUGUUCCACAAGAACAAAAGAACCCAUCUGUAUUUAUUCGUUUCAGUAGAAGUAUGUCUUUGAAACCAGUUGAUCUAUCUUUGACGCACUUUCCGAGAUUUAAGCAUUUUAAUAAGAAUCUGCCAAAAUUACCGUAUGAGCCAUACCAACGAAUGAUGACUUAUGCUAUUGAAAUUUGUAUGAUUCCAUCUAUUUGGUAUCUUGAAUUAAUCCAUUGUACUUAUAUGGGGAUGGCACCAUUUUUUUCGGGGAUGUUAAUGAGUUACACCCUUCAAGAUGUUGUUGGUUCUGCUAUUAAAACCAUGGGUUAUUUAGACGAAAGUUUUUCAAUUGAAAAUUGCUAUCGAUCUGUUUCAUCCUUUACAGACACACAUAUUUCUUCAAAUUAUGAAGAGAUAUGCGACAGUAUGAGCAAAUGCUUAUUAUCUAAUCAAUUUUCCUCUGAACCUUACCUCCGUUUGAAAGAAGAAUUUCAAAAAAGAAUUGAUAAUGUAUAUUCGGAGAUAGAAAGCCAAGAAAAGAAGGAACAGUAUAAAAAUUAUGCAAGGCACUCGUUGUUAUUGUCUCUAUCAUCUAAAACAAUAAAUCUUGAUUUAGAAUAUACGGCAGUAGAAAGAAAUUUUUUAGUAGUUAGAGCUAUGAUAUUAAGUAUGAGCUACCUAGUUAAUAAAUUCAUUCCGGUUGAUGAGAGCACUAUUUCUGAAAGGAUGUCUAAAGUCACAAGGUUAAUAAGUCACAUGAUUUUCGCACAAUUUAAGAGUUAUAUGAAGACUUGCAUGGAUUUCUUCCCUGGAAUACUUGGUUCAAAUAGCAAAAAAUUUCAAAAUGCCAUUGAAUUAUUUUGCAAAGAAUUUGUAUCAAUAGGCGUUAUUGAUGAAAGUGUUGAAUUAAUAGGAGGUGAUAUAAAUGCAUUUAAUAAGGCAAUUUUGCCUUCUAGAGUUUUGGAUCCAGCCUAUGCUUCUGUAAUUCCUUCUCUUAUUGAUGGAUCUGAUGCUUCGGGUAACUUGUCGUGGCUAAAAUUUCAGUCAGUAGAAAAAAUCGAACAUAUUGGAUCUGAAGUUGAUAAAAAAAAGCCGAUGAAAACUAAAUAUUUAAAAGCCGCAAAUGAUAGGAGUAUUCAUAGAAUAAAAGGAAGUCGCACAGUUAAUACAAAGAAAAGUGGCAUUACUAAUAAAGUUUCUAAAUUAUUCACCCGACGUAAGCAGAGAAUUUCCGGAUUAAUUUCUUCACAUUUAAAUCCGGCUGAUUCGUGA